AUGCACAUUAAGGAGCUCAGCAGAGAUAGCUUAGUAUCCCCUACCGUCUUAGGACCAAUCACGAGCCUAGAACCAAGGGCAGCGAGACCAAGACUCACGAACCACGAGCCAUUAGCCAAGCACCAAGAAUCAAGGACCAAAAAUCACGAACCAAGUACUUUUAGCCAAGAACCAAGAAUCACGAACCAACCAAGAACCAAGAAUCACGAACCAAGUACCAUUAGCCAAGCACCAAGAAUCACGAACCGAAAACCGUUAGCCAAGCACCAAGAAUCAAGGACCAAAAAUCACGAACCAAGUACCGUUAGCCAAGAACCAAGAAUCACGAACCAACCAAGAACCAAGAAUCACGAACCAAGUACCAUUAGCCAAGCACCAAGAAUCACGAACCGAAAACCGUUAGCCAAGCACCAAGAAUCAAGGACCAAAAAUCACGAACCAAGUACCGUUAGCCAAGAACCAAGAAUCACGAACCAACCAAGAACCAAGAAUCACGAACCAAGUACCAUUAGCCAAGCACCAAGAAUCACGAACCGAAAACCGUUAGCCAAGCACCAAGAAUCAAGGACCAAAAAUCACGAACCAAGUACCGUUAGCCAAGAACCAAGAAUCACGAACCAACCAAGAACCAAGAAUCACGAACCAAGUACCAUUAGCCAAGCACCAAGAAUCACGAACCGAAAACCGUUAGCCAAGCACCAAGAAUCAAGGACCAAAAAUCACGAACCAAGUACCGUUAGCCAAGAACCAAGAAUCACGAACCAACCAAGAACCAAGAAUCACGAACCAAGUACCAUUAGCCAAGCACCAAGAAUCACGAACCGAAAACCGUUAGCCAAGCACCAAGAAUCAAGGACCAAAAAUCACGAACCAAGUACCGUUAGCCAAGAACCAAGAAUCACGAACCAACCAAGAACCAAGAAUCACGAACCAAGUACCAUUAGCCAAGCACCAAGAAUCACGAACCGAAAACCGUUAGCCAAGCACCAAGAAUCAAGGACCAAAAAUCACGAACCAAGUACCCCAAGAAACAAGAAUCACAAACCAAAAAUCACGAACCAAGUACCGUCAAGUACCGUUAUUCAAGAACCAAGACUCACGAACCGAAAAAUCACGAACCACGAACCUUUAGCCACGAACCAAGAACAGCGAACCAAGAACCACGACCCAGGACCUAGCUGA